CAGUAAGAGGUCUGAACCAUUAAGAGCUAGUAUAUUGCUUAACUAUUCAGAGGCAAAUGUCUGAUCAAUUCAGAUAACAGCUCUUAACCAUUCAGACUCUGUAUAAUACUUAACCAUUCAGAGGCAAAUCUCUUAACCAUUCAGACAUCUGAACCAUUAAGAGGCUGAAACAAACAGCCCCUAAAUAAAUAUAUAUCAUCAACAUCAACAUCCUUUAAUAUGAUAUUUGAGAGUUGAUAGCCUAGAAUUUUGACACGUGGCACUUUAACAGCUUUAUUUUAAUGACACGUCAGUUUCCACCUGUCCUGCUUAUGGCUCUUACUACGGAAGACUUUCCCCAAGAAAAUCAAUUCCGUCUUCUUCGCAUACCCAGGGCUAUAUCUCCACCGUAUCUUCAUCCCUGAUUUAUCUCCAAAAAUACACUGAUUUUCCGAUUAAUUUCUUCACCGAAGGAAAGGAAUCAAGCCUCUAAAGGCAAUCUCCAGUUCACUGUCUCGCUGGAAACCACGACCUCUUUCAGAUCUAGAAUUUUCGUAACCAAAGAACAGUACUUUUCCAAGAUUUCUCUUUACAUAGGAAUCCUAGGAAAUAGAAUCAGGAGGAGGCCGCCGUCGAGAAGAAAAAGAAUUGUUAUCGCCGGAAAUAGUAGCGGGAGGAGGCCGCCGUCAACAAGGAAAUAGGAGGCCGUCGUCGAGGAGGAAACGAUAAUGUCAAGGAGCAAUCAAUGGUACAAUUCAAGGAUGAACAAAUGUCAAUGACAAUGAAGGAGUGGAGGAGCCAAUUGGUAACAGGUGCAUCAGAGUUCCAGUUUUUUUUGGAGAAAUGGUUAACUCAAAUGUCUAAUGAAAUUGAGCAUGAGGAAGGAGGGAAAAUUUGCAAACUGGAGGGUGCUAUGUGUAAGCUUAACUACCAUGACGGUAUUGAUGACUUUGACAAGUUAUCUUCAUAUUGUCUCAUCUGUGUACAAUUGUUCAAAGCAUACCAAGAAUUUUUAUUUUAUAAUGUCAUUUACCUGCAGGUCUGCAUAAUGCCAAACUUAAAGAAAUCAAAUGAUAUGGAAGAUCUUCAACAAUUUAGGGUGUAUUUGUCACUAUCACUGAACUUCUGGCUUCUUUGUUUUGCAAGGGGAAAUAUGGAUUGUUUGCAUUACAUGCUUGAUUUGAUCUUAUUUCUAAUGAAAGUUGUUUCAUUAACAAAAGCUCUAAAUUGUACGAAGUAAUUUUUUGUAAAUGCCCUAUAUAUUCUGCACAAUAUGUUUUACAGAACAUGAGAUUCCUUACACUCAAUCUAUGCCAAAUAUCUACUUAGUCUAACUACGAAUACUUUGUAGUGCUUGGGAAACCGUCUAGAUUGUACAUUGUGGGCUCAUCAUAUAGAUAAAGUAAUUGAUGGACUCAAUGAAUGAUUGACAAGUCCACCAAAAGGAACCAGACAAGACAUUGUUAAUUCCACGAUUAAUUCUUCGUGCAUCUGGAAAGAUUGCACUGUGUUGCGUUUAACAAAAAACACGUGACUGCAAUCAAUGAUUGGAGAUAGUAGUUACGAUCAUUUAGUUGAAUUCGCUGAAUGGAUUGCAAGUAUUGGCGAUGGAGUUGCGGGAGAUGAGCAUGAUGGCUAUGCAGAAGUAACAAUACCUGAUGACAUGUUGCUUUCAUCCUCAGGAAAUCCUAUAGCUACUAUAGUGAAUUCCAUCUAUCCAGAUUUUCAUAAAAUAGCAAAUGAUCCAACCUAUUUGCAGGACCGUGCAAUUUUGGCUCCAACGUUGGAUGUCGUCGAUUCUAUAAAUGAAUAUAUGACAUCGAUGAAUCCCAAUGAGGAAUCACACACUUAUCUUAGUUCCGACAAGGUUGAGAACUCGGAUUCUAAUUCGAAUUUCUUUAACGACUUGCAUCCUCCUGAGUUCUUGAAUAAGAUUCGUGCUUCCGGGGAAAUUAAUCUUUCUACAUGGUAUCGGAGCCUAAAAUACCAAAACCCUAAUUCUCUCCCCUCCUCUCUCCCUCUCUCGGCCCGAGCCGCCCCACCAGCGGCAGCCCCUCCUGCCGCCGUCUCUUCCUCUCGCCGGCAGUCAUCCCUCCCCUCUCUCACAAUCAUGGCCGAAGCCAGUGAAGUCACCUCUCAAAAUACCUCCCCCAAGCCUCCUCAUCUUGCUUUCACAACAGUAUCUAAUGUGAAACUCCAUGUUCCUGUUCAACUCAGUCUCUCUCAACCCAACUACAAAAAGUGGAGCCGACUUUUUCUCCUUCUUGUUCGACACUUCAACCUCCAGGGUUACCUCGCUGGCUCCGUCGUCCCCCUCUCCGAUGACGACGAUGAAUGGUUCCAACUCGACGCUCUCCUCCAGGGUUGGAUUCUCUCUACCAUCACCGAUGAGGUCUCAGAUCCGGUAAUCUCCUCUAUUUCUACUGCCUCUGCUCUCUGGAAAGUCGUUCACGACUUAUUCCACGACAACAAACAUGCCAGGGCCAUGCAAUUGGAGCAUGAAUUUCGCACGACCAUCAAAGGCAACUCCACCAUGGCGGCUUAUUGCCAACAAUUGCAGAAUCUGGCCGACUGGAUGGACGAUUUCGAUGCACCAGUCUCCCAGCACCAACUUGUUCUCCAAAUGCUUCGUGGUCUUCCUGCAGAUCUUCAAGCACAAACAUCUUUCUUGCAAUUUCAGGAUCCCAUGCCCACUUUUCAGCACCAGCGCACCAAGCACGUUGAGGUCGACAUCCACUUUGUGCGUGAUAAGGUCGCACUCGGCCACAUAAGAGUUCUUCACGUGCCUUCCUCCUCUCAGUAUGCCGACAUAUUCACCAAGGGACUGCCUUCCCUGCUCUUCCUCGAAUUCAAGUCAAGUCUGGGUGUCCAACCGCCUCCACACCCGACGUAGCCGUGAGCAUGUUAAAUAUAUUCUAUAUUUAAUGUAAAUAUAUUGUUUCCUAUUAU